AUGUGGUUACUUCAAACUGUUAAAAUAAUUGGCUGUCAUAAGUGAUGCAAAAGAAGGAUACAGAAGGAUGGUAUAAAUUGUAGGAAAAGUACUUUCAUCUGGAGAGCAGCAGAAGUCUCCAGUCUAAUUAAAACCACUGCUUGGACCACAGCAUGCAACAACAAAUAGAUAAAAGGUGUUUGCGUCAUGCAGCAGUACUUGGAUUGACUCUGGUGUUAACCCUCUUCUGUGGACAUGGAGACACUAAGGAAGUGUCAGAGGAUGUGCUGCUAUUCAACACAACACUGAACCAGCUUUUUAGUGGAAGUGGACAGGAACCAAAAGUUUUGGCUAUACAAAGACCCUGUGGUCCUGAACAUGAUGGAUUUUGUGUUAAUGGCGUGUGUUCCUUCUCUUCCGACUUUGACACCCCAAUCUGCCGGUGUCACCAAACAUACACUGGUGUGAGGUGUGAACAUAUGCUUUUGGACACCCAAAGCUUUUCCAGCCAUGAAGAAGUCAUUGGAAUUAGCUGUGGUGUAGUUUUAUUACUUGGAACUCUUCUUGGACUACUGUACUGCUUCUUGAAGAAAAAAUGCCGGAAGUCGUCACCACCCUACAAGAACUAUGGCUCUGAGAACUCAGUUUAAUUUAUUUUGCUACUUAUAGUGCUUUUAAAUAAACUGCUAUUAAGACCAAGACAGGAAGAAGGAAAAACAUCAAGGCAGAAGAUGACACACUCUAAAAGCAAGACACGUUAGACUGUGGGGUAACAACUGAAGGACAACACCCUCUAGCAGAGAGAGAGACAGAAUUUGCGAGACACUUUACAGUACAUUGUCCGUUUUCCACAAAUUACGCAUGAAUAUAACAAAAGGUGCACUCAGUGAUUGUUUUAAUUUGUCGCUUUGGUCUUACACUGAACCCUAAGGGAAUGGAUGGAGCAUCAUUCAAAGGUAAUAGCUUUCAGUUACCAGUGUAGAAAAUGACAAUUUCUUUAGGAGUAAAACUUUUUAAAUGAGGAAAAAAAUGCUGAGUGCACCUUUAAAUACAAUAGCAAUAACAAUGAGUUAGUACAGGUUGUACCCAUUGUUUACUACAAACGUAUUGUAUAUAACAACAUUUUUUACUGUUACUUAGUACUUACUGUAACAUUGGCACCAUGAUAUAAAAUGUGUGACCACACACACUGUUUAGUAUUUAACAUAUUUAAAAAUUAUUAAAGAAAAAUAGCAUGUAUAGCACAAUUAUCAAUCAGAUAAUCUAUUGUUUUUCCAUCAUUAAAUGCCAUAUGCUGCUGCCUCAAUGAAUAUAUGGCAUAAGUGCACAGUUAUUUAUUGCACAAGGAUAAACAGUAAGUUAAUGCUGAAUAUUAAACCCAAACUGUGCUAAUGUAUUUGUAUCAGAAAGUGUAUUUAUUUAUUGAAUAAUUUGCAUAAAAUGUGUUCCUCAAAUAAACAAAAUCUGAAAAAUAUAUAUUUUUUAAAUGACUUUUGU